AUGGCUACUACAACAGAUGAUGAUUUUUUACCUUCUUUAACACACCCCAUGGAGAAAAGAAUAUUAAAGAAAAUGGAUUGUUUUAUUAUACCUCUGAUGGGGUUGCUAUAUUUUUUAUCAAAUUUAGACAAAUCCAACAUCGGUAAUGCAGAGGUUGCAGGUUUGUCAACAUCUUUAAAUUUAAAAGGUACCGAAUAUAAUACAUGUGUUACCGUAUUUUAUGGUUCGUACAUUUUAUUUGAUCCAUUAGGCACCAACUUGUUAAAAAUAUUAGGUCCGAAAGUUAUGUUAUCAUCAUGUUUGGCAGCAUUUGGUGCGAUAUCAUUAGCAACUGCUUGGUGUAAAAAUUAUCCUCAAUUAAUUGUUAUAAGAUUACUAUUAGGUGCUUUUGAAGGUUUAAUUUAUCCAGCAAUUAACAUGUACCUAUCGAUUUGUUAUAGAAGAGAACAAUAUGCAAAAAGGUUUGCAUAUGUAUUUAGUGCUGCUUGUUUGUCGUCAUCAUUCGGUGGUUUAAUCGCUUAUGGUUGUUCACAAAUUAAUAGCUCUUUAACAUCAUGGCAAUAUAUCUUCAUAAUUGAAGGUGCUAUUUCACUUGGAUUUGUACCAGUAUAUUAUUUUGGGUUAGGUAAAAAUUUGGAAGACUCAUGGUUUUUCAACGAUGAGGAAAAAGAAUACAUUAUUGAAAGAUAUAAGACUAUGAACACAUUUAACCCAGAUGAAAAAUUCGAUUGGUUCCAAGUCAAAUUGGCUAUGAAAGAUAUUAAAACUUGGGUAAGUGCCAUUGCGUUAUUCGGUAUCGAUUUAACUACAUUUGGGCUAACUGUGUUCUUACCAAUCAUUAUUACUUCCUUAGGAUUCACAAAUGUUAGAGCACAAUUAAUGACUGUUCCAGUUUACUUCCUUACCGCUAUUGUAUUUUUUAUUUGUGCAAAUUUGUCCGAUAGAUAUAAAUUAAGAAGCCCUUUCAUCAUAGGUGCUUGUAUAACAACCAGUAUUGGUUUAAUAAUAGUUCUAGCUUCAACUAACAAUGCAGUACGAUAUUUCGGUGUUUACAUUUUAUGCAUGGGCAUUUACGUGAAUGCUGCUACAAAUUGUCUAUGGCUAAGUGGUAAUAACGGUAAUUAUUACAAAAGAGCAACUGCAUUAGGAUUCAACUUAUUUUUGGGAUCUGGAUCUGGUUUAGUAUCGGGUCAAAUUUUUGUUGCUAAAGAUAAACCAAGAUACAUAAAAGGUCUUUCAAUUUGCUUAGCAUUCCAAAUUCUUUCGAUUCUAAUGACAUUUAUCCAAUUUUUAUUAUAUAGGAAAGAAAAUCAAAAGAAAUUAGCCAUUAUAGAAGAAUGCCAUAGAGAAAACAAACCAAUACCAUAUAACGACAAAUUAAGUGACAUGAAUCCAGAAUUUAGAUACAUGUACUAA